UCGUUGCCCGCCAUUCUUUCCUGACUUCUCCUUCUGUUGGCACACCUGUCUAACUGUCCGUCUAAACGACAGGAUUUAAAACAAAAACCACCGUUGUGUCACCGAUGUGAAACUGGGAACUUGUGUGCUGUGAAAACCCUUUUGUCCCGUCAUAUAUUGUGUACUUCUUAUUAUUAAGUAUUGUUAUUCGGUGUUAUAUUUUUAUUCGUGUAUAUAUUUUUAUACCUUAGAAACUAGUUUCUAACUUGCUGCGCUCCUACCGCAACCUGAAGUGUACAGAGACUGACUAGAAAUACAUUUAAAAUUACUCACCAUGUCACAGUUCAAUUAUUUAAACGACAUAAACAGCUUCCUAACGAUGGAAGGCGAGAUUACACGCGGACCUGCCCCAAGGUGGCAAAAGAAAAUGGAGACGUCAACCACUAGUCUCAAUGCCAGCACGUCGCGAUCCAAGCUGUCGACUUCGUACAACAACAGCUGCAGCUCGUUCAUAGGAGCCUCAAGUAAGACGCCAAGCAAAGGUCUCAGCGACGCAAGACGGGGUAAGAAGACUCCUGGAAAAACGCCAGGGAGGAAGUCACCGACACCGAGCAAGGGAGCCAGGACACCAGGCGGAGAUCGGUUCAUUCCAAGUCGCUCUGCAUCGAAUUUCGACGUAGCGCAUUAUUUGAUCCGUCAAGAGAAAAAAUCAGAUCCGGAAGACGAAGAAAAUGAAAAUUCCAACAAUCAGACAAAUUCCUCUAAAACUGAAAGGCAAAAAUUAAUCUCGGAAUCGUUACAAUUGGGCGAUCUUAAAACGCAACGAGUUCUUUGCUAUCAGAAGAAAGCGCCAUCAGCUCCAGAAUUUCAUCAAAAUCCUCUGCGCGUAGUCUAUUCAAUACAAACACCGCAAUCAACGAAGAGUGGCGCACGUUAUAUUCCGACGACUUCUGAUCGAAUUUUGGAUGCUCCCGAUAUUAUAAAUGAUUACUAUUUAAAUUUGAUGGAUUGGAGUGCCGACAACAUUGUAACAGUUGCUUUGGGAAAUUCCGUUUAUCUAUGGAAUGCUGGUACGGGAAACAUCGAACAACUGGUCGAAUACGAAGAAGGCGAGCAUGCCUGCUCCCUAGCAUGGAUUCAAGAAGGACAUAUUCUAGCACUUGGUAGCAAUUCGGGCACGGUCGAACUUUGGGACUGUUCUAAGAUGAAACGACUACGUAUUAUGGAAGGUCAUGCUGCACGAGUGGGCUCACUGGCAUGGAACUCAUAUCUGGUCACAUCAGGAAGUCGGGACGGGAACAUAAUUCAUCACGAUGUCCGGCAAAGAGAGCACAUCGUUGGAACGCUUAGUGGACAUACGCAAGAAGUUUGCGGACUGAAAUGGUCAACGGAUGGGAAAUAUUUGGCUAGCGGCGGUAAUGAUAAUCUGGUGAACAUUUGGGCGGCAAACGCGAAUGGUAUUGGGACAAAUACCGAGCCGGCGUACGUUCUGAAUGAACACCAAGCUGCCGUACGAGCAUUAGCAUGGUGCCCUUGGCAACCUAACAUUUUGGCAACGGGUGGAGGCACUGCAGAUCGUUGUAUUAAAUUUUGGAAUAUUAACAAUGGAACUUUAUUGAAUUCGGUAGACUCGAAAUCACAAGUGUGUGCUUUGUUGUGGUCGAAAACUUACAAAGAACUUAUUUCCGCACAUGGCUACGCUAACAAUCAAUUAACUGUAUGGAAGUAUCCAUCAAUGAUUCGACAAGCUGAAUUGACCGGUCACACUUCGAGGGUCCUCCAAAUUGCAAUGUCACCGGAUGGCAGCACGGUGAUAAGCGCAGGCGCUGACGAAACAUUAAGACUGUGGAAUUGCUUUGCGCCUGAUCCUAAUCAAGCUAAAAAGGAGAAAGCUGCUUCGUCAAAAGUCAAGCCGAGUGUUUUCAAGCAGAGUAUCCGUUAAAUAUGUGAAAUCCAGAAGACUGUAGCAAGCCUAAGACUAUAAUCAGUUGCAGGUAGACGUCAUAGUAAUACCAGUAAGUACAAUUAUUCAAUAAAGUAAGUUUCUAUCGAAAUUUUAUCUAGACGCGAAUCUUACAAAACGGAAUGAUGUAUUUUUGUAAGCUAUAAAUUUUCUAUAUCUCGUACUGUAAGCGGUAAUGUCUCGAAUUUGUACGUAUAUUAGUAAAUAAAGCUUUUAUUAUUAA